GUGACCACAGUCGCCCGGGGAGAGGCGAGUUGAACAUAGGUUUACGCUUCCGUGACGUAGAUCGCUGUAUUGAAUUGAAAAAAAAUAUUUCUAAACUGCGGAAUCGCUUGCUGCUGACCACCAGCCAGCCAGCAAAUUAAUGAAAAAUAGCGAACAAUGAACGUCUUGGUCACGUGCUUGUUUUUCGCCGGUCUGUCCUACCUGUAUAGCACCGACCUAAUAUCUGUGCUCCGUGUUUAUGUUGCAGAGUGGGUCCUCGGCGCCUCCAUGCCCGAACCAGGAGCUCCGCGGCGGACUCCGCAAGGUGUCCCCUACGCCGACUUGCAGCACAUCGUCAACGCCGACGGACAGCACUUGUUCUGCCGCUACUGGGAGCCGGAGGGCCCCCCAAGGGCUCUGGUGUUCGUGGCCCAUGGGGCAGGGGAGCAUUGUGGGCCGUAUGAUGAGAUCGGCCAGACCCUGAAGGAACAGUCUCUGCUUGUCUUUGCACACGACCAUGUUGGCCAUGGCCAGAGUGAAGGAGACAGGAUGAAUAUUAAGGACUUCCAGGUGUUUGUCAGAGACUCCCUCCAGCACAUUGACCUGAUGAAGGGACGACACCCUGACCUGCCAAUCUUCAUCAUUGGACAUUCUAUGGGUGGAGCCAUUUCCAUUCUGACGGCGUGUGAACGACCUAAUGACUUUGCCGGUGUGGCUCUGAUUGCACCUAUGGUCAAGAUGAACCCAGAAUCUGCCACACCCUUCAAGGUGUUCCUGGCUAAAGUCCUAAAUCACAUGGUGCCUAGUCUCUCUCUGGGCUCUAUUGAUUCUAAAUGGAUUUCACGGGACCAAAAACAGGUUGAGGCGUAUGACAAUGACGAGUUGAACCAUCACGGUGGGCUGCGUGUGUCAUUUGGCAUGCAGCUGAUGGGCGCGGUGGCGCGGAUCGAGAGAGAGGUCCCUGCCAUCACCUGGCCCUUCCUGCUUCUCCAUGGUGACGACGACAAGCUGUGUGACAUUAGAGGGUCCCAGAUGAUGUUUGACAUGGCCCAGAGCACGGACAAGAAGAUUAAGGUGUACGAAGGAGCAUACCACGUCCUGCACCAUGAACUCCCAGAGACGGUGGCGGCGGUGCUGAAGGAAGUCACUGGCUGGAUCUCUGAGCGUCUCGCUGUGUCUCCUUCUCAGGGCUCCUAGUCCCCUCCUCUUCACCCCACAACCCACUGUAUGACCUAAAUACAUUUGUACUGACAGCAUAUACUCUACUGCUAGCCCACCAGUAGCGAUCAUUUGCAGUACAAAUGUAGUUAACUGCACCUUACCCCAACCCCAGCCUUGUGCACGUCAGUCAGACUUAAAACCUCUUGGUCCUCUGGGGAGAAGUGGGGGGUGACAGGUCAGGAGGCCCACAGGAGGUUUCCUUAAGGUCAACUUGUCAGUGACCUUUGACCCCCAUGGCCAAUGUAGGAGCAGAUUUUCUAAGCUCUUCAUUAGGGACAACAGUUGUGCCCCAGCUGCCAGGCAGCAUUUCAUAGUACAUAUAUCAGCCAUGUCUCCCUGUACUGAGUUCAAAGGGAACAAUGCUGAGAGCUAGGCCAGGCACAAUUCACAGAGGGGUUUUUUCCUCCUUUGUAACCACAGUGUUCAAUAGGCCAACAGAAACAUAUUGAAUUUGCCCAGGCUGAGGUGUUCCCUUUUGUGUGUUGCCAUGGAGACAACUGGCCUUUGUUAUCCCCACCAUAUCUCAGAUCCUUUGUUCAUAGAGUCAAACAUUUUGGACUUGUUUGAACACCCAGCUCCCCAGAUUGCUGCCACUAGUGGUCAUCUAUCAGAACUACAGGGUAUAGGUGGCUGCAACCCAAGAUGGAGAAGUUGCCCGUUACUAUGGCAACACCUCAGGAAAAACCCUAUGGAAAAAAAGGCUGAAUCCAUUAGAGCACCACAGUAAGGUGAGGCAUGCUGUGAAUCAUUAUACAGUACAUGCUGUGAAUCAUUAUACAGUACAUGCUGUGUACAGACAAAGGCGUCACUUCGCUACAGUUCUUAUAUUGAAAAAGAUGACGGCCUCAAUUCAUCACCUACAACCUCACCAUUUAUCUGUGUUUCUCCAUAGUUUGCAUUGCAAACGACUAAUACAGAUUUUAAUGUAUAAUGUGAAAUAUCCAUGUUACCGAUAUUCCUCUUUUAAAUGGUGGAAGUUGUUUUGUAAGGGGAAGACUGGUGAAUCUAAUUGUCUGAUGCGUCAAGCAUUUAAUAAAGUGAAAUUCAAUUGACUAGACAUUUGUCAAUAGACCAUUGUUAGUAACUCAACCAAGGGGCCAGGGUUUCUGUCUAUAAGCACGGUUUUGACUGCUCCGGCAGUCUUGCUUUGGUACUGCAGUUUAACUGAUACCCGGCCCAGAAAUUACAUUUCCUUAGUUGGCCAUAUAGAAUACCACAGUAUGAGUCAUAAUAGCCAUAAAACCUAGCGGUCAAGCAAGGAACUGGUUCCAAUCGUUUUUCCACCAUAAAUGUUCCCCCCUGGCAUGAUGUUUUAAUAACCGUGUAAAUCUGUCUCGGACAAGGUGACUUAUAUCAAUAUAUAUUCUCUUGUAUUUACCCCCCAAAAAUCAAAUGCUAAUUAGCUGCUAAUGUGGCUAUCAUUAACUACUACAAAUGCCAUGAUGAUCUGGAUGAGACAGCUGAAUCAAGGCAAAGGUAAGAAUCUGGAUUAACUAAGGUGUCAGCUAGAGAUGACGUGCAGGAGCUUGCAGGGAUUUGUAGUUUUGCAUGAUGUCUACUUUGAUGCCAAAUAGCAUUUUUGAAUCAGAGUAAUAGAGCCAAACAUAUUGAUAAAAGUCACCUUGCCUGAGUGAGAUUUACACAGUUAUUAAAACGUCACACCAGGGUAAGCCUACACGAAACACAGCCCUUAUUUUAAGUGUUUCUAAAGUCACCUAUGGAUAUGAAUGAUGGAGAAAUGAUUGGAACCAUUUUCCUGUUUGACCACUAGGUUUUAUGGGUAUUAUGACACCUCUGUGGCUAAGAGAAGUCAGAUUAGAACAUUCCUAAUAAAAGACACGUUAGUCAUCUUUAUGCACAAAACAUCCAUUUAAUUAUUCAAAUUGUUGCUGAGGCCGUUUCUUUCCUUCAUCACUCACAGCCGAAGAAAUUCAGAUGUUAUAUUCAUCCAAUGUCUGCUAUGUACAUGUGAAGUUGUGCUGUGUAAACGGAUGUAGCCAUUCCAUGAAACGGCGAAUGUGAGUAGAUUACAUUGAACACAACAGUCGGACAUCUUGGACAAAGUAAAUCAGCAUUGUGUGUGUGAACUGAAUGACCCGUUUUUAAAUAACACACAUUUUAAGAACAAUAUGGUGGCAUAUAUUUGAAAAGGGCAGAAUUUGUCCAAUUGUAAAUGUGUUACUCCUGAAACCAGACAUGUUCUUAUCAAUAAAUAUUGAUAAACUGUCAGAUUGCUCAUAACAAAUUGAAUAAUAUGUGAAGGACAUAAGUAUUAUUCUGUUUGCAUCUAUAUAACUACUUUUAUUGAUCUUGUCUACUCUAUUGUUAUGCAUUCUUAACUUAAAGUAACGUGAUGUGGAACAUAAGGGUUUUAUACUAUAGUCAACUUACUUUUUAUUGAGCGUUCAGAACUAAUACCUGAUAACUGAAAUUGAGAAGGACAUACAGUAAGAAUCUGAAUGGCCCAUUUUAUGAAGUGUAAUUUAUUUUACUAUGUGAUUCGUGUUGCUUUGUGCUUUAUUCCCAGAACCUGUGUGAAAAUAACUUGGGCUCCUUGGUCACUUAAAGACUGACUGAAAAUUGCUGAAGGGCUUAAACUACAUUCUCAUGUGACCCACUAGAACAGUGUUUCCCAACACCGGUCCUUUAGUACCCCCAACAGUAGGGAAGAGUGGGGUAAGUUGAGUCAUUUUUUCAGAAUGUUAUGUGUCCCUGGAAAUAAUCAGAAUUCAUGUAAACAUUAGUUUUGAAAACCUAGCUUACCUCAGGUAUGGGUUAAGUUGACCCGCAGGACAGAGUAAGUUAAGCCACCUAUACAUUUCUGUACUGAAUUAAUUAUUACCCCUACCUUUUUAAACACAUGUCUUUAUUUCCCAAACACAAUCACAUUAGUCUAUUAAUCAUAUUUUAACACAGUCUUAACACAUGAUAAACACUUUGCACUUUUCAAAAACAGUUUGAGGACACGCCUGGGAAGAAAUGCUUCAAUUUGCUCAACUUGCCAUUGGCUCAACUUAAUCCAUAGCCAUUGGCUCAAUUUAACCCAUAGCCAUUGGCUAAACUUAACCCAUAGCCAUUGGCUAAACUUAACCCAUAGCCAUUGGCUAAACUUACCCCAAGGCAAACAUUUUGAUUAUAUUAGCCUACACAGCUACAAGGAUGCACUUUCAUGCAAAGGUUGACCCCAACUGACCAAUCAAUAAAUUCAUUUGACUUGGUGAAUAUUUGUUUUCUGGACCGAACUUGUUUAGUACUGUUUCCAUGUGGUUUCUUUCUUCCCAGACUACAUGCAAUUAGGAUCUCUUUCUAAAUAUUUGGUCCAUUCUGUGUAUGGCUUCCUAGAAACAAGGGCGGCUCAAUUUACCCAACUCUCCCCAUAUCAUUUUGUUGUGGGCCUGGACAAGCACACCUGAUUCUACUUGUCAACUAAUCAUCAAGCCCUCAUUGAGCUGAAUGAGGUGUGUUUGUUCAGGGCUACAACUAAAAUGUGUGCUGUUGGGGUACUGGAGGACCAGAGUUGGGAAACACUGCACUAGAAUCAGCCAUGCCAAACAGCAGUCAGUCUCUAGAGACAGGGGCUUGAGCCAAUCCAACAGUUAUUGCUGAAUCACCUCAUACAGUAGACAGGUAUCAUCAACUAGAUUCAGCCGCCGGCUGAUUUUUUUUUCUUCUUGAGCGGAUGAUCAGGGGGCCGGAAAAUAAUUGCAAAUAAUUUGUAGACUGCAAAUUGACAGCAAGAAACCCAAACAUAUAUAACAUUUCACUAAAACAUCAUAUUUUCAAACCUUGCUUACAUUUGUAAAUGAUCAGAUAUAUCUCUCUAUUAUGUGUGGGAAUACUUGGAACAGAUUUGCUGGUGUUUUCACUGUUUUUUUUUAUGUCUAACAAUUAAACUUGUAUUUUCUGCUCAGAAAACUAGAGGGGGGAGGGGGGGGGCAAAUAAAAUCAGACUGGAGACAAAUUUGGCCAAUAGGGGCUCCAUUCAAUUUGUAUCAUUAAAAUUUAAAGACAAAGUUCCCAUGUUAGCUGACGGUAAAAGCUGCAGAUGUCGGAACAAUCAGGAACGUUUUUAUCGUGCAACUGUAACGCUUCAGCACUACAGAUUGAAUAGAGCCCUAGGUGUUCUCUGGGUCUAAUAGAUACAUACUUUCAAAUAGUUGAGCUGCACUUGAUUUGGCAUGCCCAGUACAAUGGAACCAAUGAAAUAGUCCCAAAAGUGCAAAUCACAUCAAAUACAGUAUUUGACCUAGGUCUGGUGCUAUGAUGGUUUUGGUUACGUACAAAAUGUUGAUGAGAGACUGAUGGAAGAUGUUGGAACAAUGUUUAAUGAUCUGUCGUUUGUAUUCCUCAAACUGAACAUUUUUGUAACACGAACUGCUGUAACAUAUGAUGUUUUGAAAUGACUUGUGACCACUGAGAAACAAGAAACUUACUAAAUAAGCUAAAACCUAUUCAAACAAUGUUACCAAUAAACCUUGACUGUUGAACUAA